CUACCUUCUUCCUCUGCCUCCGCUCGUUUCUCCCUACGAACGCAGCACGCAACGUGUUGGAGACCACGGCCUAGACCUUGAAACCUAGAAAAAAAUCCCAUCGAUCCAGCUUUGCGGCGAGGCAGCCAACCAGCGCUCAUGGCGGUGGAGGAGAUAACGGAGGGUGUGAGGGGCCUCAAGGUGGAGGACGGCGAGGGGGCGGCCGCGCCGCCCGCCGCCGCCGCCGGCGGCGGCGGCGGGGACGGGCCGAGGCGGGGCGCCAACGGCAGCAGCAACCGCAUCCAGGUGUCCAACACGAAGAAGCCCCUCUUCUUCUAUGUCAACCUCGCCAAGAGGUAUAUGCAGCAGCACGGCGACGUCGAGCUCUCCGCUCUCGGGAUGGCCAUUGCGACAGUUGUGACUGUGGCGGAGAUUCUGAAGAACAACGGCCUUGCUGUUGAGAAGAAGAUUAGGACAUCCACGGUGGAAAUAAACGACGAAUCGAGAGGCCGCCCAUUCCAAAAGGCUAAGAUCGAGAUAGAAUUGGGGAAGAGCGAGAAAUUCGACGAGUUGAUGGCCUCUGCUGCUGCAGAUGCCGAAGAAGGCGAGGAGGAAGCCUGAAGAACCAAACAGAGCCGUGGCGACCGCGUCCAGUCGCUAUACUUUGUUGUCAUCAUUGUUGUUUAAAACUUGGAAGACCAAUGCGUCGCGUGUUCUUGUUUAACUUGUACUGUAUUGUCGUAGUGUCAGUGUUUGUGAACUCUUUGGCAGAUGAUAAAUCUGUUUCGCAUGCA